CUUUUUCUAGCGCAUUCGCAUGCAAAACCAACCAACCGUUUCGUGAACCAACAACGACGUCAACGACGACGACGACAACAACAACAAUGGGGGAAAACUUGUGCAGAUGGAAAAUAUGGAACUGCUUGUUCCUCGUCGGAAAAUAACCAAACAAUGGGGUAUAUGUGUGUAAAGGCGAGCAACUCGGAAUGUGCUCUUAAGCGGUGUGUAUGUGUGUCGAAUAUUAGCAGCUACAAAUAAUUGUGUGUAAAUAUAUAUAUUCGAAACGAUUUGGAGCAAAUGAGUUUGGUGGUUGUACUGCUGUGGUUUCGAGCUGUUUUUGCCAAUUUCACAUCAUACCCGUUAUUUGGAAUUUUAUUUUGAUUGUGGUUUAUUUUAUGUAGUGCGGCGUUUUCAUGUGUGAUUCCAUCAUGUGUACGCGCGCGUUAUAUGUAUACAUACUGGGUGCGAUUUUCCACAUUUGCCAUUUUGAUACGUGCGGCGUAUGUGUGCUCCUCGUUCGGUUGCCUAUAUUGGCAGCGAGUUUAUUAAAUAUAUCAGUUAUUUAAUGUGAAGCGUCAACAUAAAAUCAUUUCAUGUCAAGCCUGUUGUUAGUGUUGUUUUCUUUGGCGCUUCGAUUUCUUGUUCCCCAUGCAAUUUUGUGUAGUAAUUUUUUUUUCCGCAGCAGAUUGCUGGGUUGUUAUAUGUCACGAUCCUUUUUUCGUCUCCUCUUUCCACUGUCACUGUUUUUCUUCGUCUUGUUGAUUGCCUUAUUAUUGCUCGAAAUUUGACUGCUUUGUCGGUUUCGCCGCUUGUGUGUCGGCAAUUCGUUUUUGCUCUUGCCACGUUCAUUAGUCAUGGGAUGGAACUAAAUUUUUGUGUUGCUUUGUGUUUUUUUUCGCGGUUGGAUUUUUCUUCUUUAGUUAUUAUUUAUUUAUAAAUUACGUCUUGCACCGAUUUUGUUUCUUGGCGUUCGUAUUUUUUCUCCCCCAUAAAUUCCAGUAUGUGAUUUAUAAAUAGAAAUAAUGUCGUGAAAACCGUUUUUUUCUCUUUUAUUAUUUCAAUUUGUCGGAUUUAUUCAAUGUGCCAAGCACACGCUUUUUCUCUAAUUUUCUUCUGUAUUCAGCGUCAGUUCAUUGUUUCUAGCAAAUCAGAUUAAUUUAAUUCAUACAUUAAUUCGACCAUGCAUGAAAUUUUGAUUGCUUUUUUUCGCGAUCUUCUUUAUUGUUUGAACGAAUUUACCAGUCAAGAGAGUAAGGUUCUGUGGAUAUGAUGAAAUUUAAGAAAUCUUUAAUCAUUUUUCGGCUACAAAAGUUGAAAUUCACCAAAAAAAAAUCUCUGAUUUUCAUCUAGUUCGAUUGUGUUGAGAAUAACGCGAAAAAGUAACAAUUUCAUGAUUUUUGAAUUUGCACACACGCCAUCUAUCGAAAGCAACUUGACCUACCAAGACAUGCUCGAAGCUUUUCGCCGCCAUAUGUCAUCCAUUUUCAGUUAAAUCGAAGCUUUCACUUUGAAUGAAUCAUAUUUUAAUGGCUACACAUCCACACACAUACAUUGCACAAACGCACACGGUCGCAACAACAUUUCGAUCGAAUGAGUAUGUAAGCUUCAUCUAACUCGUAUUCGACAGGAAUGAAUCAGUCUUCAGGAAAGCGCAACACUGAGCAGAGUGCAAAACAAACGAUUCGAGUCGAGUUCAGCAACAGAAGCUCACUUGAUCGCAUCAAAAGAAAGAAAGAAAAAUAUCCAUUUUUCGUUUGUUCUUUUUUGUUUUAGUUUGAAAGAAAAACAAAAAAAAAUUCGCGUUUUUUUUUAAAUUAGAAGAAGUAUAAAAGAAAUUAUCGAAGCCAAUAAAGUGAUGCAAAUAAUAAACUAAAGUCAGAUUCGCACAAAGAGUUUAUUUCUUAAUUCUAAAAUAAAGGAAAAGAAAGUUGAUACUGAAUGUCAGAUUCUAUGUUCUUUUCAUCAAAAUAUCAAUAAUCGUCGAAAAUAAUCAUAACACAUGAUUUAAUAGUCAAUUUGCGAUAACUAACAAAAAAGUACCAGAGUUCUUUUCGAAAUAUUACUUGAGAUUUAGUGUUGUGAUUUGUAUUGAUUGUUCGAGAGAGAGACAAUCAUCGCAGAAAAUAUAGCAAAGUGAUUGCAGUGUUGCUAAAGUGUUAAAAAGAGAGUUUUUUUUUUUCUUUCGAAGCGGUGCUUUUUAAGAGAAUCAAACCAAACAAACAUCUCAAAGUUGAUGAGAUUGUCGUUGUUGGUAUUGACUGCUAUACAAAUUAAAUAAAAGAGAAUUAAAAUUUGAAAUAAACGAGGAAUUUAAAGAAAAAUCGCCUAAAUGCUUGACACAAUGGUGGAUAAUAAAAUAUUUGUUUAUAACGCUGCCAGAGACAACAAUUUAGCUGCAUUAAAAAGAUAUUUACAUGGACGCACUCCGGAAGAGGUGAAAACAUUGGUAUCGACUCGAACAACAGGAGCCACACCAUUAGUAAUUGCUGCGCGCAAUGGUCAUUACGAUAUCGUUAAUUGGUUGCUCACACACACAAAUGCUGACGUCGAAAGUACCGGUUCGGUGAUCUUCGAUGGCGAAACAAUUGAAGGUGCACCACCGUUGUGGUGUGCUGCUGCCGCAGGAUACUUGAAAAUUGUAAAAUUGCUUGUGAACAAAGGCGCCAAAGUAAAUAGCACAACGCGUACAAACUCGACACCAUUACGGGCCGCCUGCUUUGACGGACAUUAUGACAUUGUCAAAUAUUUAGUAAAAAACAAAGCCGAUAUUGAAGUAGCCAAUCGACAUGGUCACACGUGUUUGAUGAUCGCGUGCUACAAAGGUCACUAUCGUAUCGCUGAAUAUUUGCUAAAAUUGAAUGCAGAUGUGAAUAGACGUAGUGUAAAAGGUAAUACGGCACUUCAUGAUUGUGCCGAAUCUGGUUCAUUGGAUAUCCUGCGUCUUCUGCUCGCAAAAGGUGCCUCAAUGGAUGUUGAUCACUACGGUAUGACACCGUUGUUGGCCGCCAGCGUAACUGGUCAUCUUCCAAUUGUUGAGCAUUUAAUUAGCUUAGAAUCGGUGUCGCGAGAGGAUCGAAUUGCUGCAUUGGAAUUAAUUGGGGCCACAUUUGUGGACAAAAAACGUGAUAUGGUCAGUGCGUUGGCAAUGUGGCGCCGUGCAAUGGAAGAACGUUACUUGCACGAACCAUAUUUACCAAAGCCCAUUGCGAGAAUUCAAGUGCAUGCAUACGAUAAUGCCGUCGAGGUAACUGAUAUUCAAGCUUUAGACGAUUUAGUUAUGGACCCAGAUGCGAUGCGAAUGCAAGCACUUUUGGUUCGUGAACGCAUUUUAGGACCAGCCCAUCCAGACACAAGCUAUUAUAUCCGAUACCGUGGUGCUAUUUAUGCGGAUACUGGACGAUUCGAUCGUUGCAUUGAACUCUGGACAUAUGCUCUCAGCAUGCAACAGCAAGUGCUCGAAUCUCUCAAUCCCAUGACUCAAAGUUCACUUCUCAGUUUUGCGGAGCUCUUCAGUUUUAUGUUGGGCGAAGCCGGUCGCCCCGUUACACGGGGACGUGUUGUGCCACCAAUUGAAGCAUGUGAUAUGCUUACCGUAUUCGAUAAGGCAAUCAAAGAAGUUGAAUUAGGUCAGAAAAUGCUCAACAAAAUUCCAGAAGCACAACAAGAUCCGCUCGCUAUUUGCCGCGCUUUGGUCAGUGCACUACAUUUGGCAUGUCUGCUGGCACGACUCGUCGAUGAUGAAGACUGUGAACCUGUGAUCAAGAAACAAGUAUUAAAAGCGCUCCACAAUUUAGUUAGUUUGAAAAUUGUCAUUCGAUCAGGAAGAACGGCAUUACAUUUAGCAUGUUAUCGUGAGGCAGCCCUUGUUGGACGGUAUCCCGCUUGUCAAUUUCCUUCACCACAAUUAGUUAAGGCUUUGUUAGCAGUUGGAGCUGAUCCAAAUGUAAAAGAUGAAGCCGGUAAUACAGCAUUGCAUUUGGCUGCAUUGGCACGACCUUGCCCACCCAGUCUUGCUCAGACAUUAGUUGAACACGGCGCGCAUUUAGACACUCGAAAUCACGACGGUGACACGUUUGAAACGUUGUUGCAUGGACAAAAAUUGCACGAGCUCGUGAAUCCCGUGAAAUAUACCCGAUUAACCUGUUUAGCAGCCCGCACAAUCCAAAAGCAUGGUAUCAAAUAUAAAGAUGAAGUUCCACGAAGUCUGCACGAGUUUAUCGAAUCACAUUAAAUAUUUUAGGUUAAACAUUUAAUCAAGGAGUCCAUUAUUCAUCCAAAAACAAGAAAAAAAAUUCUGAACUUCAAUUGAGAAACGAAACAGAAAAGAAAAAUACAUGAAAAAAGAAAACAUAAUGUUAUAUUUGAACUGGAGUAAUUUACAUAAAUCACUCACACGAUUUUGUUAUAAUUUAUUCAUACGAAGAAGAAGAAGAAGAAGAAGAAGAGAAACUGAACAGUGGACGGUUUCCUUUUUGUACCAUGUGCACACGUAGGAACACAAUUUUUGACAUCUAGUGCGGAUGGCGUGUUUAGAAACAGUGCAUUGUAAUCAGAUGCAAAUGAACCGAACUAUAGGAAUUUUCUCCAAUUUUUUUUGUUUUAAAAAGAAAACAUGUUGGGGGAUUUUUUUUCAAAUUCGCUUUUUGUUCGUUCUUUCAUUUUGAUCUUUUUGCUGUUUCACAUCGAACAAUCUUUUUCGUUAACCAUAUUCUGUCACCGAAUGUGAUCGAAUUUCGUUGAUAAAAAAAUAGAGGAAAUGAAUGGUGAAAAGAAAAGAUGAAAAACUACACAGAAUAUUUGAGCCCAAAACGAUUUCGGUCAAAGUAGCGCAGCAGCAGCAGCGUUUGGUAAAAAAUACCAAAAUGCGAACUAAACUCAUCCAGAGAAUGCAUUGAUCGAUUGAUUGAUUGUUCGAAAUGUGACAAUAUAGUCAAUAUCUUGUAUAUUAAGAUUUCAUUUUUGUAAGAUGAUUUUUUCAUAUAGAUAAAAUUCAUUUUUUUCAAGCUAACUUCAACAUUGUAAGCUUCAUUAUUUUGAUAAUAAGCUAAACCAAUUGAUUUUGGAUUUUGUACGACACAAAAUUCGCAAAUGAACUUUGAAGUUGUUCUUUGAGCAAAAGAAAAAGUCGAACGUGUGUUCCGUCACAAAUACAUUUUUUCUGUCUCUGUACCCAAAUGUCAAAUGAGCUGAUUCAGUUGAUGUUCAUAGAACAAUGUUUUUUUUUAACUUGGUAGUGAUUGUUCGAAUCUGUUUGAUUCAUCUUGCCCAAAAUAAAAGUAGAAGAAAUUUUGCUCUAGAUGAAAUUAGAUUUGAUCUAGGUUAACCAACAGACAUUUAUCAAUUGUAAGCGAUGUGGAUUUGAGUACAGAUUUAAAAAAAAAUGAAUGUAACCAGAAAAUUAAAUAUUUAAUUGAAAAAAAAAUGAAGAAAAACAA